ACGAGCGUGUUUGGUAAAUUCUAAUAUUAUAUUACAAAAUGGAAAAUAUGAAAAUAAAACAAAAUUUAGAUGACAGCUUGACGGAAUCUGACUUGGAUUUUAAAUUAAGACUUUACCGCUCUGCAAAAUCCCAGUUUAAUGAAAACUUUAUGGACUCGAAAAUGUGGAAACCUACAAUUCCUGAACAUGUUAAAUUUAGCGGAAAAUGUGGAAUAGCUGCAAGAAUGGAGAAUAGCACCAAACAGAAUGACAAUAAAUCUACUUUCGAAGAUAAGAAGCAAAAUAUACCGAAAGAAGAGACAAAGGAAUCUGUGAAUAAACCGCUGAAAAAAACUGAAGAAUUUUCGGACCCAGAUGUCAAACCACCAUAUUCUUAUGUUGCUCUUAUUGCAAUGGCAAUUAAAGAAUGCGAUGAUAAAAGAUUAACCCUUAGUGGAAUUUAUCAAUAUAUCAUGAAGAAAUUUCCCUAUUAUGAAAAAAACAAGAAAGGAUGGCAAAAUAGCAUUCGUCACAAUCUCAGCCUUAAUGAAUGUUUUGUAAAAGUUCCAAGAGAAGGUGGAGGAGAACGCAAAGGAAAUUAUUGGACUUUAGACCCUGCAUUUGAAGAUAUGUUUGAAAAGGGAAAUUACCGACGUCGACGAAGGAUGCGUCGACCAUAUCGAGCAUCGAUAUCUCUACCAAAGCCAUUAUUUGUGGACGGACACUGCUCUCCAUACAACCAAUUUUCUUUAACCAAACCGUAUUUUUCACCGCCAGCAUAUUCUCAGUAUUCACAAUAUUCGCCUUGGUCUCUGGCUCCAAGUUCUGGAUCUCCAAUGUCGCAAAUAAACAGUUAUAACAGUUGCAACCAGUCCCGUGUUCCACCACCGGGUCCCAGUUUGGCGGCCUGUAGUUAUAGCGCAAUGCAAUCAGCCAUGCAAAUGAACAAUCCUGGACCAACAUUUCCCCAGUUUAACGACUACAGUUCGAUGGGCUCUAGUUCAUUUCCUUUUCCUUACAGACAACAGGGAGAGGCGGUGCAUUAUACCUACUGGAGCGAGAGGUAAAUGGUUGCCACACAGUUGUAGAGCUGUAUUAUCACACCUGAUUGUUGUGUCACGAUUCUGUGCCAGAGAGUAACAUUCUCCAUCACAGACACUGAACAUUGUACGAUUCGUUUCAAAUUUAUGGAGCCUACAAGGGAAAAUUACAAUUGAAUUUUAUUCAUAUUUUAAUAUAUUAUAUUUAUUGUUAUUUUUCUGAUUAAAGGCAAUUUCUUACU